AUGGAUGAGCCUGCUCCAACUCUGGCCGAAUUAGAAAAGCAAAUGGUGCUCGACAGGGAUAAAAUACAGUCAAUUAUCGAUGGUUUUAUUGUCGCAUAUCACAAUGGUCUGACUAAAGACCAUAGUACUAUGAUACCAUCAUAUGUAUCACGUCUUCCUACCGGUGCUGAGACUGGUACAUAUUUAUCCUUGGAUUUGGGAGGCACCAACCUAAGAGUUGCGGCUGUAACCUUAGUUGGUGAGGGUAAAGCUGACGUUGAACAAAAACAGUUUGUAAUCCCGGCAGAGUUAAAAAUUGGUCCUGUUGACAAUUUACUCGAUUGGGUCGCAACAGGGGUUAAAGAAUUAUUGGAUUUUCUCGGAAUCCAAGUAGAUAGCAUUAGUGAGAAAGGAUUGUUUAUGGGUGUUACCUUUAGCUUUCCGAUCCGCCAAACAGAUAUUAAUCAUGGAUCGGUCAUGACAAUGGGUAAAGGAUUUGAACUCACAGGAAUAGAAGGUCAAAAUAUUGUUGAUCUUCUGCAUGCGGCUUUUAAGCGCAAGUGUAUGAAUAUUCGUAUUGCUGCCAUAGUAAACGAUUGUGUUGGUACUUUCGUAGCAAAUGCUUACAAAGACCAAAACACAAUUGUUUCUAUAAUCUUGGGCACAGGAACAAACGCUUCCUGUAUUUGUCAAACAUCUUCCAUUUCAAAAUGCAAGUUCCCAAAAGACUCGCCUGAGUACAUGAUUGUUAAUACAGAGUGGAGUAUAAUGGGAAUGGGCUUCUUGCCAAGGAUAAAAUAUGAUAAAAUUCUUGAUUUACAAAGUAAUAAGCCGGGAUUUCAACCAUUUGAAAAAAUGGUUAGUGGCUAUUAUUUGGGAGAAUUGGUUAGAUUAGCAAUGGUUGAUCAAGUGAAUAAUUUUGGUUUGUUUGAUGGAAUUUUGCCCAGUGGGCUUGAAAUACCAUAUAAUUUCACUACUAAACACAUGUCUGACAUCGGGAGUGAUAAAUCAUCGGAUUUUAACAUGGUCGACACAAUUUUCACAAAAGAGUACAAAAAAUCACCAAGUCUCGAUGAUAGACGAACUGUUCAUGAACUCGUGAUUCGAUUCUCGAGACGCUCUGCACAAUUAUCUGCUGCAGCUGUCGCGUCUCUUAUAAAACUUCAAUGCCCAGAUUUUCCUGCUGUUGAGCGGGAAAUCAGGGUAGCGGUGGAUGGUUCACUUUAUCAUCGAUUUCAUAAGUAUGCAGGUUGGAUGAAUAAAACUCUUAGAGACAUUCAACGAAUAAAAGAAGAUAAACGAACUAAAGUCAUUCCAAUUGAAGAUGGUGGCUGCAUAGGAGCAGCUAUAACUGCUAUGAU